AGUGAAAUAAACUGUAAAAAACAAAAAUAAAAAGGGCCUCCCAUCCCAUCGCUUACUUCUUCUUCUCCUCCUUCAUUCUCUCUCUCGCGGAGAGAGAGAUCUUUCCUUGCAAGUUCACUUGCGUUGCGUGUGUGUGUCCCUUGGAAAUUGAAAACCCUAUCUAGCUCUCUCAUUCUUUUUAGUUUGUCGAAAGCCUCUUCUUCUCUUCUAAUCGUCGAUCAUGGAGAGAUCCGAUUCCAGGGAUUUAUACAACUUUGCUCGCGCUUCCUCAGCAGAUCAGAAUAGUUCGGUCUUUGACGCGUCUCAGUAUGAUUUCUUUGGGAAAAAUCUUGACGAAAUGUCACUGGGAGGUUUAGACGACGAUGAAGUGAUCGCUCCUGUUCUUGGACAUCCUGGUGCUGAUGCUGAUGAUGAGUAUCACUUGUUUGAUAAAGCAGAGGCUGGAGGUUUUGGAUCAUUAUCUGACAUGGAUGAUCUUGCCACUACUUUUGCAAAGCUAAACAGAGUUGUUACCGGACCUAAACACCCUGGAGUUAUUGGUGACAGAGGUUCAGGAUCCUUUUCAAGAGAGAGUUCUUCUGCUACCGAUUGGACACACGAUGCAGAGCUCACAAGCUGGUUGGACGAACGAGAUCAAGAGGCUAAUAGAUGGUCCUCACAGUCACAAUCAUCUGCUCAACCUUUGUACAGAACAUCCUCCUAUCCUCAGCGUCCACCGCAGCUACAACACCACAAUAGUGAACCAAUAAUUUUACCAGAAUCAGCUUUCACUUCCUUUCCUCCGCCUGGUAGCAGAUCUCAGCAGACUUCACUUGGAAAUCUCCAACGUGCUCCUUCUCUUCCUGGUGGUUCUCAGUUCAAUUUCACUGCACCUUCCCCGCUGUCAAGUUCUCAUCUUUCAGGAUUGCCGCAGUGGCCUCAGUACAGUGGUAAUUUGACUAGACAUGCCUCGUGUGGCCCCACGCUUGGUAACAUGGCGCAACCUCAUUGGUUCACUGAUCCUGGUCUUCUGCAACAACAGCACCAACAGUUGCCUCCUCGGAAUGAUCUUUUGGCACAGCACAUGAUGGCCCUCCAGCAGAGACAAUCGUAUGCUCAACUUGCGGCGAUACAGUCCCAACUGUAUAGUUCCUAUCCUUCACCAUCAUCACGUAAAGUCCCUUUCGGUGUUGGUGACGUUAGGGAACAACACAAACACAAGUCAUCAUCUCACAGAAGUCGAAAGAACAAAGGCAUCUCCCAACAGGCAUCAUCGGACGCAGCUAGUCAGAAGAGUGAAAGUGGAUUGCAGUUUAGAUCAAAAUACAUGACUUCUGAAGAAAUAGAGAGUAUACUCAAGAUGAAGCACUCUAAUUCGCACAGCAAUGAUCCUUACGUCAAUGACUAUUACCACCAAGCUCGCCUUGCCAAGAAGUCUAGAGCAACAAUCUCACACUUCUACCCUUCUCAGCUGAAGGAUCACCAGCCUCGGUCUCGUAAUAGUUCUGAACAGCAUCAACAAGUUCAUGUAGAUGCUCUUGGAAAGAUUACACUUCCUUAUAUUCGCAGGCCACGUGCGUUGCUAGAAGUUGACUCUUCCCCUGGCUCUGCUGAUCAGAAAGGCUCAGGAAAACAUUUGGAGCAGGAACCUCUUGUGGCAGCUAGGGUUACAAUUGAAGAUGCCCUUGGAGUUCUUAUUGACAUAGUUGACAUUGACAGGCAUCUCCAGUCCACAAGGCCUCAGGAAGGAGGUGCUCUUGUCAAGAGAAAGCGGCAGAUUCUCCUAGAGGGAUUAGCCACAGCACUCCAACUUGCUGAUCCGUUCAGCAAAACCAAUCAGACUGCUAAGGAUGAUGUUGUCUUUCUCCGUAUAGCGACUCUUCCGAAGGGCAGGAAAAUGCUUACAAAGUACAUACAGCUUCUGGUUCCUGGCACUGAGAUUGCUCGAGUUGUCUGCAUGGCUAUAUUCCGCCACUUGAGAUUUUUAUUCGGCGGCUUGCCUUCAGAUGGUUUAGCAGCAGAGACAGUUGUGAGUCUUGCCAAAGCAGUCACGGUCUGCGUCCAAGCCAUGGACCUCCGAGCGCUGAGCGCUUGCCUUGCAGCUGUAGUGUGUUCCUCAGAGCAGCCGCCUCUGCGUCCUAUUGGAAGCUCUGCUGGAGAUGGUGCUUCAGUUGUUUUGAUAUCUCUUCUCGAGAGAGCUGCUGAGGUUGUGGUGGUGGUUCCUCCUCGAGUCAAUCAUGAUGGUCUGUGGAGAGCGUCAUUUGAUGAGUUCUUCAACCUUCUUACCAAAUACUGCAGGAGCAAGUAUGAGACGAUCCGCAGCCAGAACCAAGGGAGUGCAGCUGAUGUUUUGGAGGUGGCGAUAAAGAGGGAAAUGCCUGCUGAGCUUUUACGAGCGAGCAUCCGUCACACCAGUGACGACCAGAGGAACUAUUUGUUGAACUUUGGCCGUAAACCGUCGGCUAUUAUUAGUGAGUCGGCGUCGCAUGCAAGGGGUGGGCAGAUCAACUCUGAAUCUGUGAGGGGUUUAUCAAAAAGAGAGAGAGAAGUGAUAACUCUGAAUCUGUGAGGGGUGUAUGUGUGGACUCAGGAGCCAAACUUGUAAGUAACCUGGUGGUGUAGGAAUCUUUUCACAAGGGUUUCUUUUACUUUGAACUCUUUUCUUAUUAUAAUGGUGGACAAAUGCAAACACUGCGUGGUUGUGUAUUAAUGAUAAUGGGAAAGAAUGUGAAAGAUGGUGUAGGUUAUGGGAAGACGAUAUGUCUUCUCCUAGGGGAGCCAUAUUUUGAUGCU